UGUGGUCCGAAACAUAUGGCUAACACUUGCACGACCAUUCCCUCUACACCCUGUCCUCAUAACGGUUUCGGGUUCGGUGCCAGGAUCGGAAUCCGAGUUCGAUUCGCUUGCUAUUCAACUCUCCAAGUCGAGGCAGCGGCAGCGGCUUCCGCUAUGGCCACUCCCUCAACUCUCUCCAUUGCUAUUCUUCCCGCCCGGAACAAUCUAGUCUUCGUUAAAGGAGGGCCGACUCGCAGACAUGCCGUUCGAUUUGACUCAGUUGGAGCCAGUCGCUUCAAUCACCAUCGUCUCUGCUCUCCGUCAUUUCGCGUCUCCGCCACUGCUUCCACUGCGGAGCUUCCUAGCUCUACAGCUCAGGUUAUUGAGAAUCUGGUAAUUAUAGGAUCAGGUCCUGCUGGAUACACAGCGGCAAUUUAUGCCGCUCGAGCCAACUUGAAGCCUUUAGUGUUUGAGGGAUAUCAAGUAGGUGGUGUUCCUGGAGGACAAUUGAUGACCACAACUGAAGUAGAGAACUUCCCUGGGUUUCCAGAUGGAAUAACUGGUCCAGACUUAAUGGACAGGAUUCGGAAGCAAGCCGAGCGCUGGGGAGCGGAGUUAUUUCAAGAAGAUGUGGAAUUAAUUGAUGUGAAAAACAUACCUUUCACUGUGCAAAGUAGUGAACGCAAGGUAAAAUGUAAUAGUCUUAUUGUUGCUACUGGAGCUACUGCAAAGAGGCUGGGGUUACCUCGUGAAGAUGAAUUUUGGAGUAGGGGAAUUAGUGCUUGUGCAAUAUGUGAUGGAGCAUCACCAUUGUUUAAAGGUCAAGUCCUUGCUGUGGUUGGAGGGGGUGAUACAGCUACAGAGGAAGCAUUAUACUUAACAAAAUAUGCCGGCCAUGUUCAUUUGCUCGUACGCAGUGACCAACUAAGGGCGUCAAAAGCAAUGCAAGAUAGGUGAAAACAAUGUGUUUCUCAAAUCACAAUUUUCUUUUCCAUCUUAUGCAUGAAAUCUCUUCAAUUUGCAUGUCAAUUUCAAAAUUGUUGGUGUAUGUACGGCUCUUGCUUUUGUAUACGUUUCUACUUUCAGAGAUCUUAGCUGAUAUGUCUUGUGGCUCUUGUUCUUCUUUUCCUUUAUACUAUUAUUUAAUUUCAUUAUGAUCAGAGGCAUUCAGUUACAUCUUAGGGUUGUCGUUCCAUGCAUUUGGUUACAUCUUCCUGCUUUUACUGUCUUUUAAAAAAUUUAUAUUUAGAGAAAUCCUGACCUCUUUCAUCUUUAAUUUAUGUUC